AACAAAGGAACAACAAUCACUAGGGGCAGGAAGGAAACUGUGCCACCCUUCCAGGUCCGAGAGAGAGAGAGUGAAAAACUAAAGGGAGGAAUCAGGGGCCUUUCAUUGGAGCUGGGAACCAGAGAGUAGCAAAUAACAAAGAUCAGGUUGCAUGUUUCAACAAAAGGCACAGAGCCACCUGAAGGAGAGAAAGGCAGUCCUGCACCUGAGGAUAAUGUGGCGCUCUUCCUGAAGGGUUGUUUGGAGUUAGAUUUGAAGAGCUCUCAGCUAUUCGAUCUUGGAAAUCUACAAGAUACCUCUGCACGCUCUAACAAGUUUUAAUCAACAUCUAUUGCUUGGGCCGAGCAGCCAAAAGCAGCACCACAUACAACGGGCCCACCCUGGACCUGCACAAAUUUGAGGGAUUACUGUCACAGAUGAGAAAGGAAACAGAGGAGUGGGACAGCCCAAAGCGAAGCAUCAGGGACAGUGGUUACAUAGACUGCUGGGAGUCUGAGCGCAGUGACUCUCUCUCCCCGAUGAGGCACACGCGAGACGACUCAUUCGACAGUCUGGACUCCAUCGGCUCGUGUUCCCAUCCAACCCCCUCGCCUGAUGGCCUGCUUGCCCACGGCUACAAUGACCGUGGCAGCGACUCGGAGUGCGACACCCCCCAGAGGAAGAUGCCAGAUGUGUGCAAGGAUGACAUGCUGGUCCGGCGAACUUCCUACAGUGAACCCCGGACUGCCAUACCUUUCAACCAGUAUCUACCCAACAAGAGUAACCAGAGCUCAUACAUACCUGCACCAGUGCGGCCUCGCACAGACAGAGAUGACAGCUGCAAAAGUUGGAGUAAUGCAACAUCACCUGUUGAAGAAGAGAGACCUUUCAGAUUUAGCCGCUCAACUAGUGUGUUUGAUGAUCCAGAGAGUGUGAGCAUGAUAGACAUGAGAAGUGAUGAAGACUGUGUGUUGCCAUCCCAUAGUCAAGUUCGACAUGAGCUCCUGCACAACCAGUACAACAAGCUGAAAGAAGAAGAAAACCACUGGCAGGAUGACUUGGCCAAAUGGAAGAGCCGCAGAAGGAGUGUGUCUCAAGAUUUAAUCAAGAAAGAAGAAGAGAGAAAAAUGAUGGAGAAACUGUUGGGUGGAGAUGGAGGAUCACAGAGAAGGAAAAGUAUCAAGACAUACAGAGAAAUAGUGGAAGAGAAGGAACGUCGUGAACAGGAGCUGCAUGAAGCAUACUGGAAAGCCCGCACACCAGAGGAAGCAGUUUCUGUGCUGCAGCGUUAUGCCCAGCGUUUCACCAUCAGUGAGGCUGUUAUUGAGCGCCUCAAACUCCCCAAGCUGCUGGAGAGGAGUGCAUCGGCUGACCCUACUCGUCACUCCUCCCUCUCAGUCUCCCCAGACAUCCCCUUGUCUUUGUGUGCUUCCUCAAACCCACUGCAGUACCUGAGGCAACAGUCACUUCCUUUGGCCAAAUUUACAUCCACAGUUGAAGCACAGGUGACGGGAUACAGCGCAGCGAAUGAUUUUGUGGGAGAUGUGACAGCGCCCUCACUGGGUCCGAAAACUUACAGCAGUGCUGCUGCUGAAAUGAGAACAGCUAAGGUUGAAGUUGGGACAGUCCCACAGGUUGGUGAUGUCACUAUAUCCCCAGAAGUGUUGGAGCUAAAAGCUGAAAAGACAGAUCAAGAGCAGACAGAUGAGAUGUAUAUGAGUGAAUCUCAACAAAACAUGAUUCAGUUUGACAGCUUUGCUGUGCAGGUUGAUAAACUAGCAACUGAGAUGCCACAGAAAUCAACAAAUCAGUCAGAGCCAUCCAACCUAGAAUCAUACAGAACCAAACUGGAUAUGCCAGAAAAAAAUGGAAAUGUCCCUCCCCCAGUGCUGAAUCUGGUGAAGCGGGGUGAACACUUUUCUUGGGACCCUGAGGAAGAGCGCAAGCGUCAGGAGAGGUGGCAACAAGAGCAGGAACGCAUGCUACAGGAGAAAUAUCAGCAUGAACAGGAGAAGUUAAAGCAGGAAUGGGAGCAAGCACAGAAGGAAGUGGAAGAGGAAGAAAGACGGUACCAUGAGGAGGAGAGGAAGAUUCUGGAAGAGACCCUGACUCCACUGAUGCCUCACUCAACGACUGUACCAUCAGCCCUUUCCAAAACCCACAGCACUUUACAGUCCCAGACUGAGGUGGAAAACAAAGAGGGGCCAGAGGAGAAGCAAAAGAGCUCUGGGAAUUAUAGACAUAAGGAAAAUGAAAAUAAUGAAGCAACCCAAAGAAAGAGUUUACAGAUGACAGUAAGUUCUCCCAUGCAAGGUUGUGCUUCAGUGGGUCAGAAAAGACAUGGAGACCAGAGCCAAGAAAAGCAGCCUACAAUACAGCCUAGUCAGGAUAUGCCACUGGAUAACAUACAGAUAACCAAGAAGAAUGAGUCUUGGAAAAAGAAUACAUUUCAACCAAAAUCUGGUGGACGCAGGAGGUCUGACUCUAUAGAGAACAUUGGGCCAAAUUCAUCAGCAUCACCUUCAUUCACAGAUACACAGCCACCUCCAUCACCAAACAGGUCUGUCAGUGGGAAGAAACUGUGCUCAAGUUGUGGUCAUCCACUUGGCAAAGGUGCCGCCAUGAUUAUAGAGACUCUCAGCCUUUACUUCCACAUCCAGUGCUUUAAGUGUGGAAUUUGUAAGGGCCAGCUGGGUGACACCAGCACAGGAACAGAUGUGAGGAUCAGAAACGGUCUACUCAACUGCCAUCAAUGCUACAUCCGCUCCCGCUCUGCUGGUCAGCCCACAACCUUGUGAGCAAAAGAAAACUUCCCGUAACAUUGUCACCCCCAGUCCUCACAAUGCACAUGUGAAUAGAAGCAUAUUUAACAUGCAGCCACUGCAACAUCUUCAAGUCGAGUUUUCUUUUGCAACACAAAUAAGCAUGUGACUGAAGUAAAAAAUUGCUUUCUGAUUCAACUGACUGUAUAACUGAUAAAUAAAUAUGUGUGUACACUAAAAAUAUUUUUCAGAAAUUACAUACUCUUCCAUGACAAACAACCAGUUUAAGUCAUCUAUAGUUUAAAAAAAAUGAAUAAAGAAUCUGAGCUGAAUUUCUGGGUGUAUAUGAAACAAAAUUUUCUCAGUGUUUGAAUUUUUUUGUUGUUUUGUUUUUGUUUUGUAAUGGAAAGCAUUCAGCUUUCUCUGUAUCUUAGUAUAUAUAGAUAUAUAUGUAUAAAUCUCAAUUUAAAAAAAAAUACCCUUAUGCCUGGUUUUGUAGUCUAAGGUCACACAUAAGUAUGUAUGUUUGUUUUUUUUGUUUUGUUUUUUUUUAAUAAUUACCUUUAAUUAUCUUUAAUUAUUGGAAUGCAGUUCCUCUAAUAUCCCAUGAUCAUUGUAUUUCCUAUCUAAAGGAAAGUGUGUAUUUACACAUAAAAAGUACAUUUGAUCUGAAAUAAAGACAGCCAAAUUCA